AGCAGCCACAGAUCGCUGGAGAUGUACGAGUGCUUAUGGAAGACUUCAGUGCGGCGAUUGGGUAUAAUGCUACAUAUACGAAGCGCAAGCGAUGAGUUGCUUUCAGCACAAAGAGGAGUUAAGACGCGUUAGCCCAAAGCGCGGCGCUUAGUUUAAGCGGCGGCAAUCCGGUAUACUGCAAUUAUUUGCUUUGCUUCCGUCACAAAGACGAUGAAUCGUUUGUUGGAAAUGCAGCGCGCAUGCGCGACCGCAAACAAGGACGCAAAGUCAACAGAAAAGCCCUCACUGCCUUUUAUAAAACAGUUGCAAUUCCUCUACGGCUAUGUGCUCGGCUUUCUAAUGGCGCUCACCACACUGCUCUGCUACGAUCGCUUCCUGCUGCAAACGGCGCAGCUGCGGCAACACAGCACAGCCACCGAGAAUUGGCAGACGGGCUAUGAUACCGCCUUGCAGCAACUGAAAAGCGAUGCAAAUACACUGCAGCAGCAGUUGGCUGCGGAAGUACGCGUGCUUUGCAUGGUGUUGACCACGCCGGCGCAGCACGCAACGCGCGCCGCACACGUGAAAGCAACUUGGGGCAAGCGCUGUACGCGCCUCGUCUUCUUCAGCAGCGCGACGGACGUGGCAUUGGGUGCGGUGCCGGUGGUGGAUAAUGCCUCCGAUAAGUAUGAACUGCUGUGGCAUAAAGUACAUCAAGGAUUUCGUUACGUAUACGCACGGUAUUACGCGGAUUACGAUUGGUUUCUGAAGGCGGACGAUGAUACCUACGUAAUCAUGGAAAACUUACGUUAUUCGCUCUAUGCUUAUGACCCCGAAAUGCCAGUUUACUUUGGUUACGAGUUGGUGCAACUAAAUGUGACCUACAUGUCCGGUGGCGCUGGCUAUGUACUCAGCAAAGAAGCCUUCUCUCGCGUUGUUACAACUGGUUUUAAUAACGAAACACUUUGUCCACCAACUAAAUACGCGCUGCCCGAGGACUACUGUAUGAGUAUUUGUUUGCAAAAUGUGGGCGCAUUGCCUGUGGAUGGACGCUUUAUUCAGCCCAGCGACAACAAGCAGACAUUUUUCCCGCUGCAAUUGACUGAUUUUAUAGAUAGCAAUGAAACUCUGUCUAGUGGAGACUGGAUAGAGCGCCUGACGCCGUACACAGUUGAUUGGGGCCUCAACUGCUGUUCGAAUUAUUCCAUUUCGUUUCACUACACAGAUCCCGCUAUAAUGUAUUUAUAUGAGUUUUUUGUUUAUCAUCUGCGCGCAGUCGGGCUUCCUCAACCCCGCGUCACAUUGCCAGAUAAAAUCGACUCCGCUGAACUAUUGAGGCGAUUUUCUAGUGACCGAAAUACAAAGGACCCGUGGAUGCCGCUUAAGUGGGUGGAUGUGUCGUGAGAAUACAAUUAUAUAUGUAUAUAUUGUAAAUAUUUAUUUUAAGUGUCUGUAUGUAACGGUAUAAAAGUAUUCCAAAUAUAUUUCAUAGGUAGUUCAUUUAUUUUUAUAUACUCGUACAUAUGUAUAUAUAUUUAAUUAUUGUUCAAUAAAAUAUAAAUAAACAGUACAAUUCUAAGUAUGCGAACAAGU